AUGAGCAUCCGGACCGCACCCACACUCCUGAGGCUGGCAGGAAGAAGCCUGCUGAGGGAUCAGGCCUCGGCCAUCGCAGCUCUGGGGUACCUGCCUGCUGAGUUCUUCCAACUACUGUUCAUUCAGGCCUGCCGGAGGAGAAUGUGGAAGCCCCUGAAGGUUUUGGUGCAAGCCUGGCCCUUCCCUGUCCUCCCUCUGCGGAGCUUGAUGAGGCUGCCUCCAGUCAUGGUCUUAAAAGCGGUGUUGGAGGGGCUUGACGGUCUGCUUGCCCAAAAGGAUCGCCCCAGGAGGUGCAAACUGCGGGUGCUGGAUUUAAGGAACACGGGUGCCAACUAUUGGAGAAUGUGGUGUGGAGACAGCACCUGUAAGUGCUUGCGGACAGAACCAGUGGCUGUGCACAGCUCCAGCCCCAACAUGGAGCACCCCUUGGCUCCCUUGGAGGUGUUCCUAGACCUUAACUUCAAUGAAAGGGACGGGGAUGAGUUUCUCAAGUUCAUCAUCCAGUGGGCCCAGCAGAGGGAAGGGUUGGUACACCUGUGCUGCAAGGCGCUGAGGAUUUCUGAGGUGCCCUUCCAGAGGGCCAGGAGGGUCCUGGAUGGGAUGCUCAGGCUGCGGCACCUCCAGGACCUCAACAUGUAUUCUCCCUCCUUCCUCCAAGGCCGUCUGGACCAGAUGCCCAGAGAGCAGUGCUCUGCUUGGCAGCUGAGGAAAGGAGGCUCUGGAGAUGUCGUGAACCUGACCCAGCCUAAAAGGAGACUGGGCUUCCAGGGUGCUGGCCUUCACCAGAUUGUCAGGACUGCCCUGGGGUUGGAGAAAUCGGUCUUCUCCCACCUGCUGGCCCCCCUCUACCUGUCGCCCCCGUCCCCAGGCACUAACCGCUUCAUCUCUCCCCAGAGCCUGCACCUCAGGCAGCUGAAGUCCCUGCGUCUGUAUGGAGCCAGCCUCUUGGAUUUUAGUCCCGAGCCCCUCCAAGCUCUGCUGGAGGCAGUGGCACCCACCCUCCAGGGCCUGGGCCUGGAUAACUGUGGGAUGGCGGACUCCCAAGUCGAGGCCAUCCUGCCUGUCUUGAGCCGCUGCCACCAGCUCAGGGACUUCACCAUCCCUGAGAACAACUUCCCCGUGGCCACAGUGGAGAAGCUGCUGCGCCACACAUGUUACGGGACCCAGGGGACCGUCAACCAGGAGAGACUUGCCCUGAUCCGGGCUGAGCUGACAGGGACACAGGGAGUUAGGACAGCCCAGGAGCAUCCUGCUUGCCACCAAGCACUACAGUGA